AUUCAGUGUUGUUUGGACGCGGACGUACACUAGUAGACUUGUCGUAGACGUGCUACGCUGCUACGAUAUAUUGUUGGGUGCAUUCAUGGCGGGUAUUUUCGUUUUCGUAUUUAAACUUUAAUAUUAUUAAGUUUAAAAUAAUGUCAAGCGACGCACAGUCAACAAACAUGGAGGCGGGCUCGUCGCGCUCUUGGUUUCGUAGUGCUGACGAUGUCAAGAUUGAGUUUGGCUUCGGUGUUCCUCUCGGAGCUAUGUCUGCGCAUCCAGCAUUUCAUUCAGCCUGGGAUGUUGGUUGCCCAAGUUCUGGCUUUCAUCACAUGGCCAGAAUGAUGGAUCGCAUGAUGGUGGAAAGCAUGCAGCCCUUCGGUUUCGCUCGGGUUAUGAGCACGCGCGGUGAUAGAAAGGGUAAUGAGCCACCAAGAGAUGGCUUGAGGUCAGACAGGAGCGAUGCAAGAAGGGAGAGAGCAAAAAAUCCUCAUACACACGUAGGAAAUGGUACCAAACAUCCACCCACUCAAGUUGUUCGCCCGACGCCAAUCAAUAAGUUCCAAGAGACAUCAUUUGACCAGACACAAACCAAACCUACAGAUCCUACCACAGAAAAAUGGGCAACCACGCUUCGUAAGAGAGACCCUGACAUACAGCCAUCGUUACCUUCGAUUGUCACCCGAAAGGCCUCCUCCAGCUCAAUGGGAAGUGGGAGAAAGACCCGCUCAGUUGACAGGGCACCACGAAGACGUCACUUAGUUCCAAUUAAAGCGGUUCAACGGAAGUCAGAUGUGUCAGCUGAUGGUGAUGCCUUACUCGAGCGAGAUGAGAAGGUCUUUGAUGCAACAGGAUACGAAAUUCAUUUAGUGGAAACGCUUGAAAGAGAUAUACUGCAGAGGAAUCCGGACGUUCGUUGGAAAGAUGUGAUCGGGUUGGAUGAUGCCAAGUCUGUUCUCCAAGAGGCAAUGGUUCUUCCACUUGUUAUGCCUGAUUAUUUCAAGGGUAUCCGUCGUCCAUGGAAAGGCGUACUCCUCACAGGACCACCUGGGACGGGAAAGACAUUGUUAGCUCGUGCUGUUGCCACCGAGUGCAGAACAACUUUCUUCAAUGUGUCCUCAGCUACCCUCACAUCCAAAUACCGUGGUGAUUCAGAGAAACUUGUUCGAUUGCUUUUUGAUAUGGCCGCCUUCUAUGCUCCUAGUACGAUAUUUCUAGAUGAAGUGGAUUCGCUGUGUGCCGUCCGCGGUGCUGAUUCUGAACACGAAGCCUCGAGACGUUUCAAAGCUGAACUGCUGAUACAAAUGGAUGGACUUGCAGCUCCAUUUAAUCAAGAUAAAGUGGUAAUGGUCCUGGCUGCCACCAACCACCCGUGGGACAUUGACGAAGCCUUCAGGCGGCGAUUUGAGAAGAGGAUAUAUGUAGGCCUUCCUGAUGAAUCAACAAGAGUUAAAUUGCUGAAAUUAUGUCUCCGAGAAGUGGUGCUAUCUGAUGAUGUCAAUCUUUCUGAUCUCGCUGUUAAGUUGGAAGGCUACAGUGGAUCUGAUAUUUGUAAUUUAUGCAGAGAUGCUUCGAUGAUGACAAUGCGGCGAAAGAUUGCCGGUAAAACUCCUGAAGAAAUUCGUCGCUUAAAACGCUCUGAGUUGGAAGCUCCAGUUUCCAAGUCGGAUUUAGAAACCGCUAUAGAAAAAACAAGACGCACUGUCACUCAGGCUGAUGUAGCUCGUUACUCAUCUUGGAUGCAGAAACAUGGCUGCUCCUAGCGACGCGCUAAAGCGCUUAAAGCGCUUCUUCGACUUAUGAAGACCUCAUAAACUGUGUCUAUGUUUGCUUCGGUUACCAUAGCAACGAUAGAAUCGCCCUCGUAACAGUUAUUUUACUAGAGAUUGUCACAUCAUCGUGAUGGGCUUUAAAUUCAUGUAAUUUAUUAAUCUCAAACUACAAUCGAAUCGGAAAAGUUUUACUAGUCGAGACAACGUCAAAAUUCUU